AUGCGCUCUCUUUCAACCCUCGAAGUCUUCUCAAGUGCUGUCUGGCCGUUACAAUGCACUGUCCUUCCUGUUCCCUGGUCUGCGGGAACAUCUACAACAUCUUCCCAUAUUUCUCUUGGCUUUUGGUUUGGGGAGUUCACAGUCGGAGGCUCAUCCAACAUUAGCCUGCUGAUUGACACUGGCUCUGGCGAUGUGGUCCUAAAUCCUGGCAUCUAUGUCCCUGGAAAAGCUUCUCAAACCCUAAAUAUUACUUUCGAAAAUUCGUACGGGUCCACGGAAAGCAACGGCACGGGCAGUAGCACAGUGAAAGGAGCGCUAUACCGUGAUGAAAUGUCAUUUGGGAGCUUGACCUCUCAACAAGACUUCGGUUCCAUUACACGAUCAGGCAAAUCUCCAAUUCAAGGCUCCGGAAUUGUUAGCUUUUCCGGGCCAAUUUUUGGCCAGUUCCCUACCAAUUCAUUAUCGUUUUUCCAAACACUCUGCACUCAGAAGAAAGUCUCUCAGUGCAGGUUUGGACUAGUACUUGGAGCAGAUGGCAUGGGAGCACAAGUCCUAGGAGAACUUGAUACCUCAUUAUAUGACGGCGAACUCAACACUGCGCCGAUUCUAGAACCAUGGGUUGUUUCGGGUGAUAUUGUUAUUGAUGGGAAAACCAUAGCGACAGAUCAUAUCAUUGAAAUGGACAGCGGGACUGCUAAUCCUAACCCUAAACUACCUGUUCUAGGUUUAUACUACUCUACUCCUCCACUAGCGCAUCCCGAACCCCUGGUCUAG